GAUAAACCUUGCCUGAAAUAAUUAACACGUUUCCUCAUUGUCUCUCUGGGAGUACAUUUCCCGUGGACUUUGUCAGGUGCACCUGAUGAAAUGCCCCGAUGUCGCGCAAGGUCGAUUAAAGCGCGCUCAGCUGGCUGGAACGGUUCGCACGGAUUUUUUGAAUAGAAUACUCAGCGUCUGAGGACGCUUUCGCUGGUUUCCUUGGGAUUAUGUAACAGAAUAAUGCUGAGCAGCGUGGCAAAGCAUGUGUUGCAUUGUUGCCUCCUAACAGUGGUCGUACUGUUUUUUGAGUUCUUGUCGGGUGGUUUGCGUUGGAAUUCAGAGAAAAAGGAACAAUUGAAUCCAUGGAUUCAGUAUGGCUUUCUCGGAGCCUUAACCUUAUAUUUAUUGCGGACCUUGACGUUCCUAUCGUUUCCUCAGGUUCUUUUCAACUUCGUAGGCCUGACGAUUUACAAUGCCUUUCCAGAUAAAGUCAUUCUGAAAGGGUCUCCUUUGCUCGCUCCCUUUAUCUGCAUUAGAAUCGUAACCAGAGGAGAUUAUCCAACUUUGGUGCAAACGAAUGUUAGAAGAAACUUAAACAAGUGCAUUGAAGUCGGCUUGGAGAACUUUCAGAUCGAAGUUGUUAGCGAUAAGCCGAUCGGAUUGACUCCACACCGAAGAAUCAGGGAAGUGGUGGUGCCACCCACUUAUCGCACAAGUAGCGGUGCACUUUUCAAGGCACGAGCUUUGCAGUAUUGCUUGGAAAAUACAGUUAAUGAACUUGCCGAUCAUGACUGGAUCGUGCACCUUGACGAGGAGACUCUUUUGACAGAUAAUUCCAUUAGAGGGAUACUCAACUUUGUUCUCGAUGGCAAGCAUCAGUUCGGACAGGGCUUGAUUACGUAUGCUAACGAAGAUGUUGUCAAUUGGAUUACUACAUUGGCUGAUAGCUUCAGGGUGGCUGACGAUAUGGGCAAGUUGCGAUUGCAGUUCACCAUGUUCCAUAAGCCUUUGUUCAGCAUGAAAGGGUCUUACGUCGUCACACAGAUGGGUGCGGAGAAGCAGGUGUCAUUCAACAACGGCCUGGAUGGCUCAGUGGCGGAGGACUGUUUCUUCGCCAUGAAGGCCUUCUCCCAGGGGUACACCUUCAACUUCGUUGAUGGUGAGAUGUGGGAGAAGUCUCCGUUCACCCUCUGGGAUUUCGUGCAACAGCGUAAACGCUGGCUCCAGGGUAUCCUGUUGGUGGUGCACUCGAAGGACAUUCCGCUUAAGAAAAAGCUACUUCUUGGGAUCUCGUGCUACUCCUGGGUGACGUUGCCCCUCUCCACCUCGAACGUCAUCCUCGCAGGGCUAUGCCCUAUCACCUGUCCGCCGAUAAUCGACUUCCUAUGCGCCUUCAUAGGCGCUGUCAACAUUUACAUGUACGUCUUCGGAGUGGUCAAGUCUUUCUCUCUGUAUCGCUUCGGAGUGGCGCGGUUCGUCCUCUGCAUAUGUGGCGCUCUCUCGACCAUUCCCUUCAACCUGAUCAUCGAGAACGUCGCCGUGAUAUGGGGAGUUUUCGGUAAGAAACACAAAUUCUACAUUGUCAAAAAGGAGCUCAGACAAACGGUCUAGGGUAUGGCGAUUUGUGUGUUAAUCCCGAUAGUUCCGAAUCGGCCCGCUUGGGGCGCUCGAGUUUCCUGUGAAAUGGAGAUCCUCUAGUUGCCAAGUGCACUGUUAACGUGAUGUGAAAGUGCAGUCAACGAGAUCUACUUUAUGAAAUUUAUUUCCUAAAUUGAAGAAGAACUGAUAUAUGUGCAGUGUUGAAGCGUAGGUAGUUGGCUACUAAAGGAUCUCUUGUACGGUAACGCAAUUUGUACCUGUAUCUCUGAGCGACUAGUUGUAUCAAUUAGAGUCCUGCAAAUCAGACUAGCCUGGAGGGGACACGGAUUGUUAGAUUAUGUUACUCACUUUGUGUAAUACGUAGUUUUGAACAUAGUAUAUGUGUUCAUUUUGGCUUCGGGUUCGUUUGGUUAAGAAUAGCAGUACGUAUGAAAUGGUUCUUUCAACUUUUUACGUUAUUAUUCAUUGUCUUUUUUUUUUCAAGGAGUGUCGAGAAAUUACCUUUGAUAUCGUGACUGUUUAAUUUUUGCUGGAGCGAACAUUGGCAUUGUUCUUGCUCCUCCGCUACUCUCGGUUAAUAUUAACUGGUCAUUUGAAUAUUUGAAAGACAUGUGUAAUCUUUAUUAUGCAGCAUGUUGCGUAUCUGUACUUAAAUGUAUUUCUGAUGAGGUUCAUGAUUUUUGGGGUUCUUAGUUUCAUUUAUGAUAUACGUUUAUGAAUUCUAAAAAAGUCACGUUUACGUACUUAAUCAUCUUAUAAGGAGAAUGAUGUGAGGUUCGUUGUCACGGUUCUAUUUAUUUAGCACUUUUGAAUGGGUGGAAACAGUUUUGCAGAAAUGUUGGCUGUAUCGAAAGCUAGAGUUCAGUUUGGAAAGACCGGUCUGGCCAGGUUUGCAGGAUUCUGUCAGCGAUUCAUUUCUAAGCGUAGCAUCAGGUACGAUAUGCUUGUUCGGCUUUCAAGAACCGAUUGUUAGCUGUGAGCAAAGUACGAACAAAGAUGUUGAAUCGGAUUUGAUGUUCAAGAUAGUUAGUAAGUUUAUUUUUUAGUUAGAACGUGUUUUAUUCACGAGGAGGUCCUAUCCGUAGGUCAUGAAUCUCUCAGUAGGAUGUUCGACUUUCAGGUUGAACUCAUGCUUUCCAGCAAGAUCUAAGAGUGUAACAUAGGCUUUACGUUGUAAACAAAUCUUCUCCAAAUGAUAUUUAGGGGCGAUUGUUUCUUCGAAUCUCUUGUAUCCGAUAGAAGUCAUCCGGGGAGCCUUUUCGAGUAUUUUUCAUUUUUUUUGAAAGAAUAUAGAUUAGUUCGAUCGACGCAGUGCAUCGUAGCACAAGCCAGAAAGACAAUGAGCGCUAUGCGAUGGGUCUGAAAGACUUCUUAAUUUAUUAUUAUUUAUGUAAUGUUUAAAAAAGAGGAAGAAGCAAGCGACAUACUUUGAUUUGAAGAAAAUUUCGUAUUUCAGUUCCUGAUUGAAAGUUAAGUCAGCGGAUCAGUCCGUGGCCUUUUUUUUUUAUUUUUAAUCUACUUCCUAAUGAUUGUUCGGUUUUAGGCCUUAAUGUUGAACUAUAUUAUAACGAUUGACAUGUUAGUGUUUAGCAGUCGGCAAGAAUUUCAAGAUGAAUUUACUGAAUCAAGGUUUGAUUUAUUUUAACCUGCACACUCAGCCGUAAAGUUGUGGCGUUUAGUUGACUUUGUGGCUUGCAAUAGUAUGGUACUUAUUCCUAAGAUUAAGCAAUAAUUGAGCUCCGAAAUAAGGCGAGUAUUUCUUAGAGGGAUCGAGGCAAUGCCUUUGGCGCGAUUUUUCAGUAUCUAGUCCAGCGAGGCGUGUAUCGAUGGCUAACAUAACCUCUCUUGCUCCGACUUUGUAAAGCCAUCUGAAGCCGCAGUAUUAGGACAAGAAAUUAGACUCGCAGCGAUUCUAAAACUAACAUCUGGCUAUAUAUUCGAGAUAAAUCAAAUCUGCUUAAAAAGUGCAUCUGCUAGUUGGAUAAUUCAAGUUCAUAGAAGAAACCGAACCAUUAAUCGUCAACCGAGUGGGAACUGCGGAUGUUAUUUUAAUGCAGAUUUGGGUAAAGCUAUUCCAUGUUUAUAGUCAAAUGUGAGUUAUCAAUUAUGUUAGUUUUAAUUACAGGGCAUAUUAGGAGAAACUGCACAAUGGCAAUUUCUUUUUCUUUCUGGUAGAUCGCUACUAUGAGAACGAUCCGGAGGCGAAUAUUUGGGAAUGUUUCUUUUUCUUAGGUCGAAGGCGAAAUGUCGACGAAUUCAAAGUCUAAUGCACUACGCCAUGUUGGGUACUAAGGCGCGACUUUUGCACCGAAUUUUCUAACGCGAUUUUCCACGGAAACAGUGCGAGAUGGAGAAUAACGCUUCUUACGGAAUUUGUAGAACGUAACGUGAGGAAGAACUUUAGUCUGAAACAUAUUUCGAUGCGAAGCGCCGUUUGAAUGGAACGUCGAAUUUCCUUCGACGGUGCGACGCAGCUGACUGUACUCGUGGUGCUUUCAAUUGCGCGUGAAAUUAUAUUCAAACUCGAUAGAAUUAAUUCGGAAUCUCCAAAGGCGGGCGAUUUGUCGAAAAGUAAUGCAAUUUGGAAGAAUGAUCGUCAUUGACAGGCCGAAAUUGUUAUUUAGAAAGGCGGAAGACAAUUAAUAUAAUGUGGGAACAUAUCUGUACUCUGUGUAUAUCCUCAGUGUUCGACUAGAGUCAGUGGGAUUGAUAUUUACAAGUCAAAGGGAGACAAAAGAUACAAAAAAGAUUGUAAAUAAUCAGUGGCACUUGCUGAUUGGGUGUGUGAGUGUCUCGACAAGUAUCCAUAUCGAGUCGGUGAAGUAUCGGUGGAUGUUAUUAGAUUUUUUGGAAAAAUUCUUCCCUUGCUCUUGAGGUCUCUUUUAUUUACGGGAUUUGCCAGUAAUUUUAAGCACUCACUUUAACGAAUAUUUGGAUAAUCGCGUAUUUUGCAGUAUUAGACGUAAUAACUUAUUGGAUUGCUACGCAACGGUUAAGAGUUUCGCUCAGUAUUCGCCUGAUGUCUUUCCUGGAUUGCUGCUGUCAUUACGAUUCCAUGUUCAUGUUAAUUACGCGUCAUGUAUAUGCUCAUGUAUACAGCUACUCCGACAGAGAUCGGUGUGCUAUUUUUAUAAAUAAAGUCAUGAUUCAACGGG